AAUAGAAGCAGUGAAGAAGAAACAGUGGCGAUAGCAAUGGCGGUGAUGUGGUUGCGAAAAUAAACAAUCCAGGUUGCAAUUUGACGCUGUCGUGAUUAAUACAGUCAAAUGUCAUAGCUAGUCAUCUAAGGUGUGUUUGUCGCAGAAAAGGGGCAUAAUUAUCCUCGUUUGUGUCAUUUGAAGCACUCUCAUCAGUGUGUUAUUGGUCUUAACACAGUUAGCAGGAGCUUAGCGAGCAACCAUCAUCUCAUUGUCGAGCACUGUAUUAACGUUCAUUUCUUCUUACCCUGGCGUCGUUUCGGACUGUUAACGAUGCCGCUGGGGUUGAAACCAUGCUGUGCUGUCUGCAAGACGAACUCUUCGUCGAUGUGGAAGAAAGGAAACCAGGGAGAGAUCCUCUGUAAUAACUGCACAGGAAAGAGCAGCAGCGGCGGACCAUCAGGACCCUCCAUGUCCUCCAACAUUCAGCCCAGCAAUGGCGGAGGAAAGCAGUCCAAGCAGGAGAUCCACAGGAGGUCUGCACGUCUGAGAAGCACCAAAUACAAAGCUCCUGCAUCUGAGAAGAAGGUGUCAACAAAAGGAAAGGGCAGAAGACACAUAUUCAAGCUCAAAAAUCCAAUCAAAGCACCAGAAUCUGUUGCAACAAUCAUCACUUCAGAAUCCGUAUUUUAUAAGGGUGUAUACUACCAGACAGGGGAUGUGAUCAAAGUAACAGAUGAGGAAGACGGGAAGCCAUACUAUGCUCAGAUUCGAGGCUUCGUUCAGGACCAGUACUGUGAAAAGAGUGCUGCACUGACCUGGCUGAUCCCCACCCAGGCCAGCCCGAAGGACCAGUUUGAUCCUGGGACAUACAUUGUUGGUCCAGAGGAGGAUCUACCCAGGAAGAUGGAGUACCUGGAGUUUGUGUGCCACGCCCCCUCUGAAUAUUUUAAGUCACGUAGCUCUCCGUUCCCCACCAUCCCCAUCCGGCCAGAGAAGGGCUACAUCUGGACCCAUAUAGGACCCACACCAGCUCUCACUGUCAAGGAGUCCGCCAGUGGCAGCAGUUAACAUGACUUCGUUAUGGACUUGGUCUGUUGUUUUUAAACAGACGUAUAUGUAAAUUUAUGUAAUAUAAUGAAAAAAAAAUUGUUGUUAACCACAACCAUUAGCUCAGAUUGAAAACAUGUUGUAAUUCGAUGCUAAGGAAACCAGGUGUAAUCACAUUUCAAAGAUGCUGUGUACACAGUGGCAAGAUUGAAUAUUGCUUUUGUAUUUUGUAAUAAACAAAAAGGCUCU